CCAACCAAAUUCUUUCCACCUUAUCCUCUUCCUCUUCCACUCAUCCCCACUCCCCUCCUCCAAUUUCUUCCUUCCCCAUUCUCACUUUUCUCUCCCCGCUCUCCCCCACAAACUGCGCCAAACCCUCUUCGCGAAACAAACUUCUUCUUUUCAACGUUCCAGGUUGUGGGUGUGUCUGAGAAGCAAUGGCAGCCGCCUCCGCCGCCGUCUGCCCCGUGACCCUCGCCGCCCCUGUCGCCGCCCCGCAGCAGCGGAAGAGCAGGGUGAACUACAUAGCGGGGCUGAACUCUUUCGGUGGCCUGAAAGCUCGCAACAGGGUGGCUUCGCUGGGAGUGCCAGUUUGCGCAGACCAGUCGUUUGCGAGGAUCGUGAGCUCUCUCCGGUCGCAGGGCAAAUCAAGAAGAGGUGGCGGUGGGGCGCUCUCUUCGACCUGCAGCGCGGUGGACGAGAUUUUCAAGAUUGCCGCGAUCAUGAACGGGCUCGUUCUCAUCGGGGUCGCGGUCGGGUUCGUCCUCCUCAGGAUCGAAGCUUCUGUGGAAGAGGCUGAGUAAGAAGAAAGUCCCAACUCCAAGCAAAAAUGUCAUCCCUUUUUUAUCCCCCUUUUUGUUUUAAUUUAAUUUAUGAAUUUUGGGCAGGGCUAAAAUUAUGUCUGGUUAUUUGUUGUUUGAUGAU